AUAACAAUAACAAACUGAAAUUAUCAUGUAAUUGAUAUAUUUUCGUUUGUCUUUUUUUCUUUUGAAUACAUUAAUAUUCAGAUUAAACAACUAAAAUCAGUUUAUAAUGACCAGUCAAAGGAGUUCCGUCGAAAGUGUGCUAGAAAAAAUUAUAGCGAAAGUCGAAGCGGAAUGCGAUCAAAAAAAUAAAGAUGUCAAGCUGACAAUAAAACGGAAACUUGAUAUAAAACAUGAUUCGAAUAAAAGACCGAAAUUGAGUUUACCCGAAUCUUUUAAUGAGGAGAUACAUUGUCGCAUUUGCUAUGAUUCUUCCCAACACUUACCUAUUACAUAUCCUUGCAAGUGUAAAGGAACUAUGGGUGCAAUACAUUUAAAAUGUCUAGAACGUUGGCUAGAGGAAAGUAACAGGAAUAGUUGCGAAUUAUGUGGAUAUCACUUUGAUGUCAGAAGAACUCCUCGCUACAAUAUUUUACAUUCCAUAAUAAUUUGGAUGUGCCUUAAUCAACAACAACAUCAAUUAUACGUUCGCAGUUUGAAGGCUGAUUUAUUUCGGAGCAUUAUUAUUACGCCUAUGGCGAUAGGAUGUUCUUACAUUUGUAUAGUUGCGGCCGAUUUUUAUGCAAAAAAUAAUUAUGAUAAUUUUCCUCCAGCACGAUGGACAACUUAUUUAUUAUUAGCUAUGAUGUUUCUGUUACUUUUCUCUUAUUUUAUAUGGAUGUAUAUGGCAAUACAAUAUCAUCAAAAAGUCUGGUUUUAUUGGUGGCAAAAAACAAGUACAGUAAGAGUUAUAUUGAAUCCAGAAAAUAGAACUUCAAUAAACUACAAGUCUAAUAUCAUAUCACAAGUGUAACAAUUACUGAACACUUAAAUUUAUAACGAUGAAUUCUUCAUUAUGAUAGUCAUUAUGAUGCUCUUCUUUUGAUCGAAAUCUUCCCUCGACUUAA